UCGCCAUCAGUAGAAAGUGCAAGCAGUCGAGAGAAGCGCAAGAAGGGACAUCUCAGCAUCAAUAUUGAACGUCAGCUACGAGUGCGAAAAAACUUCGAGCACGAGGACGUUGAGAUCGCCAAACAGAACCCGCGGCGGCGGACGAUGGGUGGCCUGACGGCGCAGCACUUCUGCCUGAAGUGGAACCAGCAUCACGGCAGCUUGGUGUCGGUGUACGAGGAGCUGCGUAGCCGCGACGCGUUUGUUGACGUGACGCUCGUCUGCGAGGAAGGCGUCAGCAUGAAGGCGCACAAGCUGGUGCUGGCAGCGUGCAGCCCCUUCUUCGAGGCGCUGUUCGAACGCAACCCGUGCGCGCACCCGGUGGUCAUCAUGAGCCAGACGCGCGAGGCCGACCUGCGCACCCUGCUCGAGUUCAUGUACCGGGGCGAAGUGAACGUCGCGCAGGACCAUCUGCCGGCGCUGCUGCGUACGGCCGAGCUUCUCCAGGUACGCGGCCUAGCCGAGGUGGCCGGCGAGAACCCCUGCUCGGACGAAGGGGGGCACCCGUCGCAGGCGCAGCAGCCGGCGUCCAGCGGCGUCAGGGGUUCGGCCGCCCGGCUGCCUAAGCGCAAGCAGCGGACGCCGCCACCGCCACCGUUGCAACAGCCCGCGGCACCGCGGCACCACGACGAGCCGAGCGAGCCGCUGACUGCCGAGAGACCAGAGAGCCCCGAGCCGGCAGCCGCGGCGCCCAAGGCGCGACCGGCAGCCAAGCCGCCGGCACCCGCGAGCCGACGCACUUUUGACCACUCGUACUCGGACGACAAGACCAACUGGGUGCCCGCCGUGGCCGCUCACCACCACCAACAUCAGCGAGAGCCGCAGCCCCUGCUGCUGCCUCCGGCGGUCCCGCCGGACGGCGGCACGGCCGCCGCAGCAGACGACCGCCCGCCCGUGUGCAGUGUGUGCUCGCGCGUGUUCUCGACCAAGGGCAACUUGAAGCGGCACAUGCUCAUGCACCGGCCCUACCGGCACAAACACCAGUGCACGCUGUGCCUCAAGACGUUCAGCUGGCCCGGGGACCUGCGCACGCACCUGCGCGUCACGCACGGCCAGGGCCGCCUCAAGCCGCGCCAGAUGGCCUUCCUGUUCACUUAGCCAACUCGCUCUGUGUGGCAGUGCUGCUUCGGUGUGCGACGCCGUUCCGAACAGAGCGGGCCGAUGCCCGGCACAGCGUUGUGCGUCGAGGCCGCCCUUCCACUGCCUCGGUGGCGUGGUGCUUGUCCACGGAUCGAGCGCGACUGUGUUCACGAGCAGUGACUGCGGAUGGGUACCCAGUCACUACUCUCGCCCCUCGAUGCCACAGUCCGAAAUUGUCGGUGAAUCAUUUUGGGGGAUAGUCUUGCGCAACGCGACACGCAGUGAGUCACCGCCGAUCAACUCGCUCUGGAGUGAUCCGACUAGAAUACAAUCCCGGGUUUUCAUUGA